AUGACAAACAGGAGGGCUGUGACCAUCUAUGACAAGCCGGCAUCUUUCUUUCAAGACACACCUCUGGACCUGCAGCGCCGGCUCUUCAUGAAGCUGAGCGGCACACACUCUCCGUUCAGGGCCCACUCAGAACCUGAGGACCCAGCCACGGAGCCGUCGGCCUUCAUGAAGCGGGAUGCUGGGAGCGGGCUGGUGAUGCGUCUCCACGAGCGGCCAGCCCUGCUGGUCAGCAGCACAGGCUGGACAGAGGACGAAGACUUCUCCAUCCUGCUGGCAGCUUUAGAAAGUAGCUGUGUGGCUGCGAGUUUGAACAACUGACUCUUGACAGACACAACCUUCCUUCUCUCGUCUGUGUGAUAACAGGCAAAGGGCCUCUGAGGGAGUAUUACAGCCGCCUCAUCCACCAGAAGCAUUUCCAGCACAUCCAGGUCUGCACCCCCUGGCUGGAGGCCGAGGACUACCCCCGCUUCUAGGGUCGGUGGGCCUUGGUGUCUGUCUGCACACGUCCUCCAGUGGCCUGGACCUGCCCAUGAAGGUGGUGGACAUGUUCGGGUGCUGUUUGCCUGUGUGUGCCGUGAACUUCAAGUGAGCCAAGAGCUGGGUAGAGCUGCAAGGACACGGCCUGCACAGGAUGCCUGGGGCUGGGCAUUACCCGCUGCAAUGACAACAUCUGGCUGGAAGGCAGAGAGCUGAUGGACCGUCGCUACGUCCCGGUCCAGCUGGGCCACUGUCACCCUGGGGCUGUCUAAGUUGGCAGUGAUGUCUGCCUCUAAUGAGAGGCCAUUGAGAAGGACAUUCCCUCGGAGCUGCUCGAGGACCCGGCUGUGAGGGUCGCUGAAGUUGUAUGCCCGGGGGCGGCACAUCUUGCAGAUGGCAAGGCCUGUGAGGCCGGCACCACUGCCAAGCUCUAGGACAGUCCUGGCGGGAGGAAAGGGGACCGUGUCUUCGACUGCACCAGGGUAAGCCUGCCUCAGUGCCCUGCCCUGUGCCCCGAGGUCACCUCUUAGUGAAGGCUGCCGGGUUCUCGAUGGCCCAUUCUGCAAGGUAGAGGGCGGCAUCCCAUGUGACCAGACCUGUGGUACCGUGGGAGAUGAUGGCUGUGCUCUCAAGGAGUGUGACCGAGCCUCCCGAGGGCUACACCAAGAGAGGACGAGAGAGUCAGUCCAGCGAUCAGAAGGCAAGUGGCUUAGAAGACAAGUAGCCAUCCACCACAUGGCUGAAUAAACCAUGACAGGACCAAUCGCCACUCAGCAAUGAGAAGCAGCUAACUGUUGACAUACCAACAGCUUGCACGGCCUCAAGGGUGUCACGUGGCAUGAAAGACACUCAUCUCAGGCCACACAGGAUUCCAUUCAUCGAACAUUCCUGAGACAAUGGAAUUCUGGCGAUGGAGCCCAGGUCAGUGGUGGCCAGGGGCCAGGUGUGGCUAUGAAGGGGUGGCUGCCUUGUGAUGAUUCAAUAUGCUGUUUUUCCGUU